AUAAAAAACAAGAGAAAGAUCAUCUUGCUAACCUUGCAUGCAUGUCCUGUCCCUUUGCUCUGCAGAAGUAGAGACCUUCUGAUCCUAUCCUUGCAUCCGGAGCAUUAAAAGGAAUCAUCGAAGUUGGUCUUGAAAAUUGUUUGGAUACACUAUUGGAACAGUUCAGUCGUGGAGUAGUUGAAGCAGGAGAAAGAGGAGAGCUUGUCGGUCGCAUCUCGUUCCUAGAAGCAUAUAUUCGUGCUGUGAAAGAAAGUCAGGAAUCGCCAUAUACAUACUUGGAAAAAGUUCCUUUGCCAUUAUUUUUGAAGUCUCUUGAUAAAAAACUCGAUAAUCUUCUUACAAAGAUGGAAUUAGACCAAGCAGAAAUUGGCUUUAACCAUUGGACAUCUUUAUUAGCUUCCAAUAAAGAUUAUGUGAAAGAAGGGGGAUAUAAGUAUUUAACAGCAGCACUUGUCAAAGAAGCUUAUCACAGACAUACUGCUUUCAAGAUGCCAUUAGGAUUUCCUACCAUUGAUCACGUUAUUCCCUUUAAAUACUCAACUAGUAAUAGAACCGAUAAUUAUGGUAUCAUUUCAAUCCAAAAUAAGAAUGCAAAACAAACAAGCUACCAAGAUAGUGAUGUUCCUAUUUUAGUAAACCUUAUAUCUGCCCUUAGUAGAAAUAAUUUUAAUGGUAUUAUUCUGGGCAUCUAUAUUGAUAUUGGUACAAGUAGUUCAAGUAUAGAGAUAAAAGAAGUAAAUCCCAUGAAGACACGAAAUAUGGGAAAUAAUGUUUAUUGUAGGGCUCUCUAUAUUCAACACAUCCAAUCUUUUAAUUGUAAUAAAGAAAUUGGUGAAAGGUUAUCAAAGUUACGUUUUACAUCUCCCUGGCCACUUGAUCCUCGAUGGAGAAGAGAUCCCACUAAAUAGAGAGCAAGCAAUAAAAUCAUUUUUACCUCUUGUUUUUAAACAGGACCAGUCUUUAGUUAAUAAAU